AUGAAACGAGAAGACGUUGUUUUCUUCGGAGCAGGGCCUGCUGCCUUGCCUACAGACGUUCUUGCCAAAGCGGCAGAUGCUUUGCAGAACUAUGACAACACCGGUUUAGGUGUGGCAGAGCAUAGUCACCGGAGUCAGCUGGCGGCAGAUAUCCUGAAUAAUAUGAAGGCUGAUCUGGCCACAUUUCUCGAUAUUCCCUCUACGCACGAAAUCCUCGUCAUGCAAGGUGGUGGAUCCGGACAGUUCGAUGCGACUUUAUAUAACUCUGUUGCCAUUUGGGUGGAGAACCAGCGACAGAAAACCCUACAAAAUGGGGAACUCAGCGAGGAAGAGCUGAUCAAGGUGCUACAGCAGAAGGUACAAACUGAGCUACGGCUCGACUAUCUGGUUACUGGGUCGUGGUCAUCGAAAGCCAGCCAGGAAGCGGCGAGAUUACUGGGUGCGAAUAACGUCAAUGUUGCUACCGAUGCCCGGAAGAUCAACGAUGGCAAGUUUGGCAAAAUCCCCGAGGAGUCAAGCUGGAGCUUGAGCGAGAAACCUGCCAUGGUAUAUCUGUGCGAAAACGAGACAGUGGAUGGUGUCGAGUGGCCCAGUUUCCCCAAGGUACUGGAGUCGAGGACAGCGGACGACCAAACCGUCGUUGUCGGUGACUUCUCCUCGACCAUUCUGUCUCGGAGAAUCCCAUUUGAACACUUCUCAAUUGUCUUCUUUGGAGCACAGAAGAACCUGGGUAUUCCUGGUAUCACACCGGUUAUCAUCAAAAAGAGUCUGCUUUCGAUCUUGAGCCAGUCCAAGCCCGACCUACUUCGUCGUGUAGGAUUGCCAGUUCCACCCGUGAUUCUCGACUAUACUGUGGCCGCCAAGAACAACAGUCUUUACAACACUCUCAGCAUUUUUGACGUGUAUGUGGCUGGACAAGUUCUUAAGAAGCUGCUUUCCACGUUCCCAGACAAAGUGCAGGGGCAGGAGGCUGUGGCCGGUAAAAAGGCCAACCUACUCUAUGAUGCUCUUGACGCGCAUCCUGAUGUGUACAAAGUCGUUCCAGAGAAGAGUGUCCGCUCGCGGAUGAACGUUUGCUUCCGGGUUAUCAAGGGUGGUAAUGUCGACGAGGCUGAGAAAGCGUUCCUGAAGGGUGCAACGGAUCGGGGGCUGCUGGGAUUGAAGGGCCACAGAAGUGUCGGAGGCAUCCGGGCAUCAAAUUAUAACGCAAUCCCUGAGUCGGGCGUUCAGAAACUGGUGGCUUAUUUGAAGGAAUUCGCCACAACUGUAUAG